AUGGUUCCGUGUGUGGUAGCUGUGCUGCUUCUCGCCCGGGCUUGCAUCUUGCACGCUCUAGACAUUUCUCAAUGCAUCGCUCCGCUGGGCAUGGAGAGUGGUUUGAUCCCCGACAAAGACAUUACUGCCAGCUCCUCGUUCAACAAUGACAACGUGGCACCGCAGAAUGGAAGGUUGAACCAGGAAAUUAAAAGCGGCGCAUGGUGUCCGAAAUCCCAAAUUACGACAGAGUCAACGGAAUGGCUGGAAAUAAACCUUCAUUCUGUCCACGUGAUCACGGCAACUGGGACACAAGGCCGCUUCGGCAACUCCCAGGGGGUGGAGUACGCCGAGGGAUACGCGCUGGAGUACUGGCGGCCCAAACUAGGCAAAUGGAUGCGAUAUAGGCCGGCUGACGGCCAUGAGAUUCUUCCCGGUAACAUCAAUACGUACUUGGAGAAGAAAAACCACCUAGAACCGCCGAUAUGGGCCUCCAAGAUUCGCUUUAUACCCUACAGUUCACAUCGACGCACCGUCUGUAUGCGCGUAGAACUCUACGGAUGCUAUUGGAAUGUGGGCAUAGUGUCAUAUUCGAUGCCAAAAGGCGACAGACGCAGCAACGACGUAGAACUGACGGACGCUAUCUACGACGGCCAGUGGGGGGAGGAGUUAAAGGGGGGUCUCGGACAAUUGGUGGACGGCCAGUUCGGCGGAGACGAAAUUCGCGAAGCCGCUAAGAAUUUAGCCUGGGUCGGCUGGAGGAAUGAUUCGAGGCCCAACCCACCAGUCAUCACCUUCGAGUUUGACAAAGUUCGAGAGUUCAGUGCGGUGCAUCUGUUCUGUAAUAACAAGUUUAUGAGGGAUGUGCAGGUGUUCUCGGAAGCAAUAAUAUCAUUCUCAAUUGGUGGUCGACAUUUCCAAGACGAGCCGAUACGCUAUUCACCAAUCAGUGACAAUAUCUUUGAGAACUCUCGUAACGUGAGCAUCAAGCUGCAUCACAGAAUCGGCAAGUGGGUCCGAAUUGAGCUACGGUUCUCGGCUCGCUGGAUCCUGAUUAGCGAAGUGGUCUUUGAUUCUGACGUCGCCCAAGGCAAUUACACACCAGAAACAUCCAAACCGCCCCAAACGAAGGACAAGACGAAAGUUAUAGCCACGAACAACGUGCCAGUACCCACCGCGCACCAAGACGACCCGUUGUAUAUGGCGAUAGUGGUCGGCGUUCUGACGGCGCUUGUUAUACUUCUAAUUGUAGCGGUGUUCCUCAUUGUACAUAGGCAUAGGCAUAGAAAAUGCUUCGCCUCCCCGCUAGCGAAGACGACAAUCGCCCAAAAGCGCACAGUACCAGACAGCUACAACACCUGCGGUUCUUCGGUGUUGCCAGAGAACAAAAUGAUAAUCGACUGCGGUCUAGAUGUUAAGUCUGACGAAUACCAAGAACCAUACCAGGCGUUGAAAUGUGCGCCAUAUUUUAGCUAUAGCACAGUCCUAUUAGAGAUGAAAGACUUCGUUAAGGAUUCUAAUACCGCUUUAUCUGAUAGUUCGAACUACGACUACGCAGUGCCCGAGCUGUCUUCGGCUCCGCUGCUGACGAAGCGUCGUCUUCUUGACGACUCUUCGGAUCGUGCGACGGCGCUUAUGGGCGACCACGUCGAAUUGGACCUGGACGCGAGACGCUCUUGUGCGGGUUCGGUGCGCUCGAAACACAGCACUAGGUCGCCAAGUCAGCAAGAAGUGUUAAUAGACUUAAAACGACGCCUCGAAACGACAACUGUCAUCGAAUUCCCACGACACCGACUGAGAAUGAUCUCAAAGCUCGCUGAGGGCGCGUUUGGUACUGUGUACGUGGCGGAAGCGGACGGAGUACCAGAAUAUAACGGCACAAUAACAUCGGAGAGGCGCCUCGUCGCCGUCAAAUUCCUCUGCCAUGACGCCUCACUCAAGGAGAGGUAUAUCAUGGAGGAAUUUGAACGCGAUGUUCGUAUAUUAGCUGCGUUGUCCUCUCCUCACCUGGCACGAGUACUUGGUGCUUGUCGAUCGCCACCGUUGGCUGUGGUGCUGGAAUACUUGGAACUAGGUGACCUGUGUUCGUUCCUGCGCACGACCGUACCACCAUCGCUAGCCACGUUGCUGCAUGUCGCCACACAAAUUGCGGCUGGAAUGCAAUAUCUUGAGUCAUUGAACUUUGUACAUCGGGACUUAGCAGCACGGAAUUGUUUAGUCGGCAAGGGCUAUCAGGUCAAAAUAAGCGACUUCGGCACGGAUAACGAAUUGUACGCGUGCGAUUACUACAAGGUUGAUGGGAGGAUACCGCUACCACUCCGCUGGGCAGCUUGGGAGUCUGUACUCCGUGGGAAGUACACUACCAAGAGUGACGUUUGGGCGUUUGCUGUCACGCUGCAUGAGAUAUUCACUCUAUGCCGACGGAGACCCUACGAGCAUCUAACAGAAAAUGAGGUGUUGGAGAACCUGUCGCACCUACAAGCGGACGAUGACCUUUUCGAAUGUAUAGAACGAGCUUCCGGCGUCCCACGCGAUCUGUACGAAGUGAUGCACGAAUGUUGGCGCCGCGAUGAAUUAGACAGACCCACCUUCGCAGAAAUACACCUCAUCCUACAACGGAAGUGCUUAGCUAUGACCACGUGA